AUGUCCUCUGAUGAAGAAGAAUGUUCUGUAGAAGAAGCCACUCAGGAUAUUGAAGGACCCGCACCAGAGGAAACUAAGGAAGAAGCUGAGCCUGCUGAGCCCCCAAAAUUGGAAGUACCAUCAGAUAUAUCUCAGCUUGAAGCCCCUGUUUUCACAACAAUACAACGUGGUCCACCAGAACCUAUGCUUCGAUUGGAUUGGAGCCAUAGGGCUACUCUGAUUGGAGAAAAAGUCCUCAACCCCAUGAUUUACUGCUGUGAUAUUUGCUCAAAACCAAUUCUAAUAUAUGGAAGAAUGAUUCCAUGCAAACAUGUAUUUUGUUUAUCUUGUGCCAGAUCAGACCACACACACUGUCCUCGGUGUAGAGAGAAAGUGUUGCGGGUGGAGCAGACUGGUUUAGGGACAGUGUUUAUGUGCACACACUCUGGAACAAGAUAUGGAAACACUGGCUGCAGGAGAACUUACUUAUCUCAGAGAGAUCUCCAAGCUCAUAUAAAUCAUCGACAUGUGUCGUCUGGGGUGACAGAGACCAAACCGGAACCAGAACCACCAGCUACCGCUGUAGCCAUUGUCAAACCUAUGACGAUACCAUCCGCGGGGGACCCCCGUGCGCACUCGCUGGGGCACGUGCCACACGCCGCGCACGCAGCGCACGCCGCGGGCGAGCGGCGCCCCGCCAGGACUAACCUCAUCACUGUGCCCAUACAGGACCAGAGCGACUCGCACAACUACUAUAAUUAUUAUCAACAGAGUGCGCAAGGUGUUAGUGGGAGUGCGGUGCCGGCGGUGGGCGCGGUGCCGGCGGUGACGUCGGUGCCGGUGCUGACGCACAACAUGAGCGUGCCGCCGCCCUACUACGUGCCGCCCUACGCCACCCCGCCCGCCCCCCACGCGCCGCCCGCGCCCUACGUGCCGCCAGGAGGGAGUAUGACACCCAACGUGGCUGGAGUGUCACCAAUGUCCGCGUCCGUGGGCAUCGGCGGCGUCGGUAACGUGGGCGACGGCGCGCGCUGGCCUGAGGGUUACCAGCCGCCCACCGUUCCCGUACAGCCGUGGCCCCAGCCUCAGCACCACUACUAUCGGUAG